UGGCUGAUGCCCCCUCUCUUGGUACCCUCGUUGGCCUUGCCAAAAUGGAAGAUAGAAACGCCCAGGCAUACACAGAGGAUAGGAUCAAAGCUCCAGAGGCCCAGCCAAUUUCUGGCCUGAGUACCACCAGCCAGAUGGCUGGUGUCGGGCCCACCAUAUCAGGAUUCAUCCAGGUAGGAACCCAUACUUCUUGUUCUGACCACCCCCCCCCCGCUUGGCAUCAUUUUCCUCCUAUGCCUGACCUCGCUGUGUUUCCAGAUGCUCCAGAAACAGGCUGCGAGAAGCAGCCCUCAUCAGCUCCGGGAGACCCAGAGAAGGGGCCUGAACACACAGCAGCAUCAGAGCAGCGGGCUCCGGAGCUCAGCACCCGGGAGCUGAGGCCUCAGACAGGGACAGGGAAGAAGCAAUCAUCUUGGGCUCCCCAGGAAGAACCUGGGGGGCUGCAAGCAGAGCAGGAUCAGACCAAUCCAGAGAGCAAGCUGGGGUUGCAGCCUCCCCGGGUCCCUGUAGCAUCCGAUGGGCUGCAGCAGCCAAGCUCAGGGAAAGAGCCUGAGAGGCAGGAGGGGAGGCAGCCAAACCCAGGGACUGAGGAAGGCCAGCCCCCUGAGAGCUGUCAGGUAAUCCCCCUGGAGAACUGGGUGGGAGGGUGUGGAAUGACUGACACACAGAGGAAGUGAAAGAACCCCCUCUGUCCCCCCACUUUCCCAUGCACUGUGUUAGCUCCUCCCUGCGCCUGGAGAUGCCUAGCGCCCAGUCUGCAUGGGUCACUGGGAUAUCCCAGGAGCACACACCAAGCCUUGACUGUCCAUAGCAAGAGUUAAAAGCCUGUUUUCAAAGUGGUCCCGUAGUAUGUCACAGAGUGCUGGGGUGGGAGUGGGGUUCCGUGUGCAAAUAAAAUUGAAACAUGCUGAGUUUAACGAAGUGAAAACAGGUUCCUUCAUGCUAGCAUUUCCUAGAAGCUGUGUGUUAGCUGCUGAGCCUUGUGCAUCUUGCAAGAGGUGCUUAAAGUAUGUUGCCUUUUCCAAAGUUAUUUAACUACAAAAAAAAGAACUUUAAAGACUUAGUUUUUUAAAAACUCUUUUUGUUGUUGUGAAAAUAUGCAUAACACAUUUGCCAACUUAACAUUUGUCACAUGUACAAUUGAGUGGCAUCGAUCACAUUAGGCACGUUGUACAACCGUCAUCAUAUCCAU